CGCCUUGCAAGUAUUAGCCACUUGCCUGCUUGCGACUGCUAAAUUUUUAAUGAGACAUUUUCCUUUUGAUUUUAAACCUUUUCACUUGAGAGAGAUUUUCAUUCGCUCAAGCUACAUUGCAUUCUACUUCUGGUAGAUUUCAAAAAUCUUUCUCAAAACUAUCCAAAGACUUCCCGUCAACGGAACUCGAACAAUGACAACUAAACGGAUUGCAGCAACCAUCCUUGUUUUGUCUCUUGAUUUCUUUUACUUUCUCAAAAGCGAGCACGUAACGACAGAUGGCGACUUGGAUGACUUCCAAAAAUGGUUUCAAGAUCAUGGUGGAAGAUGCCGUUGCAGAUUCAUGAAAAACAAAGACCAAAAGUUGACCGCUGUGGCUGAUCGAGAGAUUGUAGACAAAGAAUCAGUAUUGAUGGUUCCUCAAUCCCUACAUGUUAACUCUGCCACUGUUGAAAGGUCAAUGAUAGGGCCAACCCUUGAGCAGUUAUUGCUUGCGGAACAUCAAAUUCUUAACCGUCCAGAUUACAUGGAGCGACGUGUGAUGCACUUGAUGCAGGUGGCUGUAUUUGUUCUCUAUUCCAUUCACACUAGAGAUGAACAGUGGCUUCCUUACUUCAAGAUUCUUUCAAAACAUGAAUGUGAUACACUGUGGAUGUGGAGUGAAGGAGAGCUGAAGGAGCUUCAAGAUGACAAAUUGGUUAAAAAAGCUGUUAAGUGGAAAGACAUGGUUUCCAUGCUCGCAGCUAAUCUCACACCAAAGCUGAAUAGCUUUGGCAUGUUUGCUGGAAAAGAUCUUGAUCCUGACACUUUGGUAAAAGCAGUUUGUGCAGUCCAGUCAAACAGUUUUAAUGUGACAAGUAACACAGGACGCCCAGUCAGGACUUUGGUGCCUGGCUUAAACAUGUUCACAUAUCGGCCCAAUGCUGGGGGAACAUGGUGGACGAAGGGUGGUGCGUUACGAUACAGACAUGUCAACGCCACGGUGCAAGAAGGUGAUGCUAUCUUCAUUGAUGUUAACCCGAUGGGUGACAGCAUUCAAACACUUUUGGAAUAUGGCGUGUUCGUUCCCGAAGGAAGCAAAUUCUUUAGUCCUUUACCAGAACAAAACAGUCGAAUGCGAAGAAGAUUUGUGGAAAUGUUGAAACUCAAGAAGAGGGUAAAAUACAGCGAGAAGUUUACUUUCAAAGCAGCUGGUCUUCCAAAUUUCAGAGUUCAAGCGCUUUCGGACAAACAGGUAGACGACCUGGUGCGAGAAGGAAGCAAUCCAAGCAAAUUGUCCGAGCUAAAGAAAAUAUUCAAUAGCCCUUCGCUUCAUGUGGAAAGCAACUCGUUGUACUCUUGCAAAGACGAAGUAGUCGCGUUAAAUUUGUUGUCGUUACAUCUGCGCGAUGAGAUGUCUGGUAGAACUACAGGAAUGCCACAAGAUGAAGACAUCUUGACAAAGGACAUUCCUGCAAGACUGCGCACUGCUGUGGAGUUUAGACUGAAGUUUAAGAAACUUGUUACGAAUUAUCUUGAUAUUACUAGUGCCAGGGCGAUAGAGACGAAAAGAGAAUGUCUAUCUAGGAAAAGAGACGAACUGUAAGAUUGUUUUUACUGUGCAAAGGGGAUAUUCGAAAAAAAAAGAACUUGAUAAAACGAGGUACAGAAUAACCUCGCAGUGUUCCAACAUUUAAAUUCAACGGAACUUCACGUGUGUCUGAGUUCUCUUUCUUUCUUUCUUUGUGAAGUGAAAACUAGGUCUGGCAUCCUCAGUGUUGGUUGCAUGAAUAUGCAUAGGAUCAGAAAAAGAGAAUAUCUCAUAGCUAUUUAUAUAGAGGGCGAAUUCUAGUAUUUGAAUAAAUAUAUUUAAAAAGUUAUUAUAAGUGUUCCAACCUUGCAAUUUGCCACUUUUUACCAUUUCCCACGCGCCGGUGACGCUCGCGAAGCUUUAAUAGUUUUGUAUUACCUUCCUUAUGUUGUAGGAAUGAAUACAUGGAAUAUCUAACAUCAUCCUUAACCUGUAAAGUCCAGGUAGAGAAUAAAGAAAGCACUUAGCAGGCAGGUUUUCAGCAAUCUAUACUAUCCAGACGAGUCCCAAUAGAGAUUUCGGGAGACAAACGAAUACAAAAUAUCAGAACUGGAGAGAAAACAGCCUUUAUUCCUACUUCGCUAUGCCAGCCUCGACGUGCAUUUGACAGUAUUUGGAAUAUCAAGACUUGCAUCUUAGUCGAGAUAUAUUGAAUAACAGGUUAAGACUCAUCUAGCGAGUGGAAAAUGCUAUCAGUGAUGAAAUUACAUCCUCUUUAAAUUACGAGUUAUUACUUUCGUUCUAGUUUUGCUUGUGAUAAUCACAAGGAGUUUAUGGUAGUUUAUGUACGGAAUUAAUCGCCAAUGACCUGUCGACCAAGCUAGAGACCUUAUUUUAGGCAUUUCAUACGUUCUGCAUGUUUUGCACUCAUCGAGUCCCUCUUGACUGCUGAUAAGAAGCCAUAAUUUUACUGGCAGCUGCCAUCUUAUUUGACGUUUCUGUAACAGUUGAUCCCCAACCGUAUAUGCUACCGAAGUUUAUUUAUUUUUUGAUAAAGGGGGGUCUUUAAAAACAAUCAUUUCAAUUUCGAUCGGUCCAUCAGUUUCGGCCGACAGACCUCCAGGAUUUACUGGAACAAGUUUGAUUUGUAGUUCCGUGUUACUGUAAUCCGGGGGUACGUCAUCCAAUUCUUCUUCAUCGCUAAUAAAACCAGACGAUUCAUCUGCUCCCCUGCUGCUUCCGCGUCGGUUUGCACUGAAAAUCUUGUCUAUGCUACUUUGGAAUCGCUUCAGUUUCCGGUCAGGGUCACGUGAGAGUCUAAGGUGGACGAGAACCCGUUCCAGACCUCGUCUAACUGCUCGUCGAAUCCUUGAGGGAAGUUUCCGAAUCCUGUUGAACAAAUCAUUCAAGCGGAGGGUUAUGAGAAUGCACGCGAACUUUGAUUAAAUCCGCAGCUAACUCCUCGGAUAUUUCUCUUUUAGGGCCCGGCGGGAAAUUUUCUGAUUGCCAAUCUAUCUUCUAAAUGUAAUCUUUAGAGAUGAUACAGCUAACUAGAUCACAAAAUAUAGCGCACUGUUUUAAGAAAAUAUAAAAGGAGGCAAGUGCAAUGGGAUGCUGCAUCAUAUGCUUGAAAGGCUUGAAACCUUCCCUAAAGUGCGAUAGAUCUCUGGUCACAGCUACGUUGAGACUUGAGUUUAAUCGGCCAUUCACCCCAUACUCCCGAACACUGAUUGUGUUUUAUUUGGCCAGCAAGAAGAAUUAAAAUUG